UGACCGCUUUAAGAAGUGGUACUUGGAGUAGUUGGUAGAUAGUUGAGGAGCACUUCUGCCCCGCAGCCACACCGUGACAUUUACUCGCCCUCCUCCUCCUCCUCCGCUCGCUGGAGCCGCGAUGAUGAGAAGCGCGAAGCAGCGCGCGACUGCCGCCGGUUUGCAACAGGCUGUCGGCGCCUCGCGCGCUCGUUCGACCCCCGCCGCGUUGCCACGCUGCGUCCUCGCGCUGCUCUGCCUGUGGUCCCCAGCGGGCGCGCGUGCGGAGCCGAGCUGUCGCGCGCACAAGGUUGGUGGAGGACCUGUCGUGUCAAUUCCUUGCGAACUAAACCAGACCCAGCAGCUGAACCUAGAACCCGGAGCGACUGCGCUUUCGGACGGAGAGAGUGCCUGGCUGGUGGUUCGGAACUUCAGCGGGGAACCCAAGUGCUCCUGGGCUCAGGGCGAAGGCAGAAGAUAUCAUAGCGUUGAAGAAGGGGGUGUGUACAAGCUUUUCGUUAAUGAAUCGGGAAUCUACCGCCUGGACUGCGCUUGGGGAAGUGAGAACUCUUCUUUGGUGUUCAGCAUCCACAUGCACCCCAAGAUGGGAAGACCAUCCACACCACAGCUGAAAAUUGUCUAUGCUGGACAAGGGUAUGGUUACAGCUUCGAAUGUUAUUCAAGAGGUCACCCGAAACCACAAAUCACGUGGUUUUCCUCUCUGACCAAUCCCAGGAUUGGACGACAUGGGAGGAAGGAAAACACCUUGUCCACCUGGACAGAGAGCAGCGUGUCUGCCUUCGACUACUAUAACAGAGAUGUCCUGUGCUGCGCCGGGAACUCCCUGGGACAGGAGUGCUCCAAGCUCCAUGCAUACGCCUUGCAGCGAGAAGCGAGCGACCAGGAAGCAACUCUAGUAAGACGGAUUGUCGGAGAGUCCCUGCUGCUGCAGUGCCAACACACACAGGCCCUUUUACAUUGGCAGAACGACACUGCAGCUCCCAAGGCGGUGUUUCACAGCGACCGAAUUUAUGGACUCAGCUUCAACUACCUGUUUGUUGAGUCUGUGACCAUGGACCACAGUGGAAACUACACCUGUGCGUCACCAAGUGAUGGCAAAAAUAAGUCUACUCGCAUCCAGGUCCUCGAACAGGCGUUUCUGGAAAUUCUUCAAAUUAAGGAAACAAACUACGUCUCUGCCUCUGAACGGAAGUCCUUCUGCCUACAGGUAGUGGUGUCCUCUUACCCUGAGGCCCACUGCAAGUGGAUCACUCCCAAUGAGACUGUGCCUUGCACAGAGCCCAGUCGCUACUGGGGGGACAGGACAUUCAAAUACUGCAAUCCCGCUCCAGGAGAAUACCAAUUUCAUGUGGAGGCGAAUGGCAUCUCCAUCACUAGGAAUAUGUCCUGUUGUGUGGUAGAUGGCGUCUCUGUGACCGUGCAGCGCCUCGAAGACACGAUCGGUUGUUCGGCCGACUUCACCCGUCCUGUGAACCUCACGUGGAGAACUUGUCAGCUCCAUACCGGGUGUAAUGAAGAUGUCCUGUGGAACGACUGGGCUGCUCAUCCACUUUACAUCUCACAGCUUCCAGACUUUUGCCGCAAGAGCAUCUCUAGCUCUGUGCAAUUAAAGGAACUAGACAGUGACAUCAUCAUCAAGUGCUGCGUCAGAAAUUCUGCGAGCUACGAGUGCAGCGACGGAAUCCCUCUGCCGCGCAAAGAAUCCUUUGCAUACCCGCUGGUCAUUAUCAGCAUCCUGCUCCUGCUGUUGUUUGUGGUCUGCAUAUUUUUAGUUUACAUGCUGAAGAAAAAGAAACCCAAGUAUGAAUGUCAGCUCCAGAUUCUCCAGAUGGUGGGACCUUCCAACAAUGAUUACGUCUACAUCAACUUCAAGGAUUUCAGUUAUGAUUUGAAGUGGGAAUUUCCAAGGGAGAAUCUCAUGCUAGGGAAGGAACUGGGAUCCGGAGCCUUUGGGAAGGUGGUUCAGGCCACAGCCCAUGGACUCAACAAGACGGACACUUCCGUGGAGGUGGCAGUGAAGAUGCUGAAAGAGAAGCACCAACCCGAGGAGAGGGAGGCUCUCAUGUCAGAGCUGAAGAUGCUGAUUCAUAUUGGGAGCCAUGUCAACAUCUUGAACCUGCUGGGCGCUUGCACGAAUUCUGGCCCAAUUUACUUGAUUUUUCAAUACUGCUGCAAUGGAGACCUGCUGAACUACCUGAGAAACAACAGGGAGAAUUUCCAAAGGUCACUGACUGACGUCUUCACCGAGAACCAUUUCAGCUGCCUGUACCACAACUUUCAGUCAGAGGUGCCCUCCAGGGAAAAGCCAAGUGGGUCCAGCAGCCUUUACGUCCCAAUGUCCCCGGUGUUCCCCAAAGACAAAGAGAGACUCUUCGACACGAGCACUGCCAGCACGGACAAAGAAGACAGGAUUUAUGAAGAGCUGGACUCUCUGCAAGAGGAAGAAUUGAACAUCUUCACGUACAGCGACUUGCUCAGUUUUGCCUAUCAGGUGGCCGAAGGAAUGGAAUUCCUGUCGUCGAAGAACUGUAUUCAUCGGGAUCUGGCUGCUAGAAAUGUGCUGGUGGCCAGCGGCAAGACGGUAAAGAUUGGCGAUUUUGGACUUGCCAGAGACAUCGAAAAUGACAGUAACUAUGUGGUGAGAGGAAAUGUGUGGCUGCCUGUGAAAUGGAUGGCUCCGGAGAGUUUGUUCCAAGGAGUGUACACUAUGCAGAGCGACGUCUGGUCGUACGGGAUUCUCUUAUGGGAAAUCUUCUCUCUCGGUGUGACUCCGUACCCAGGUAUUAAGGUGGAUCGCAACUUCUACAUUCUGAUCGAAAACGGCUUUCAGAUGGAUCUGCCGUACUAUGCCGGCGAUUCCGUGUACAAAAUCAUGUGCCUUUGCUGGGCUCUCAAGCCGCAGGCCAGACCCCAGUUUUCUGAACUGGUGGCCAUGAUGGAGACUCAACUGAAGGACGCUGAGAAAAAGCAGUACGCAAAUUCCGAAGAAGAGAUCGCCAGACAGCGCGCUUACCAGAAUUUCCGCACGACACUUGAGCCUGGCGUGACAGAUGGCGAACGGGGAGAGCCGCCAGGAGGCCGUGCGGUCGCCCGGACGAGCCCGAGUCCUGCCGCUAAGGUCACAGAGCUGACUCCUCUGAAGGAACGAGAGUAGGAACCUCCCGACGGAGCCGGAACGCCUUCGCCGUGCCGGCAAUUUCAGCAUGCUUCUCUGCAGUGCUGCACCAAGCUAUGGAUGAACAAAUACAGAAUGCACAGUAGCGCACGGGUGGACGAGCACUCCACAGCCUGCCGGUGGCACCGCUGGCAUGCGUGGCACUCGCGAGGCGGUGGAAGCGCCUUCAUAAUCAGCCCAGCGAGGUCACAGGCGACACACCUGGUCAAAUUCAGCAUUCCGCAUCUCGGACGCUGCUGGAGUUCCGCGCUUCGCCCGGCGGCGUCGCGGCGGACCACCGGAGACGCGACGGUAUAGCUCGGCUAUGCAUUUGCAAUACACCGUGGACCCUUGAUUCGAUAUUCGUCCGUGGGCCGUGCCCGGAAGCGCUCGUGUCCGAGCCGAACUCGCGCUCUUCCAUCGCUGACGACGCGCAUCUGCCGGAGCGGGAGCACAGCGAUGCCCCUGGGCGUAUCGGCUCAGCCCUGCGGUCGACGUGUGAUAUUACCGACUCAUAUUUUAGCCACUUAAUGAUUCCCGCAUCGAUUAAAAUUCUGUGAACGUUUGUUUCUGUCAAAUAAGAGCUUGUUCUGUACUGCGC